AUGACGUUUUCCCAUGCGGUUGUGAUGACGUCGUCUCUCUCCGUCGCCCUGCACGGGGGCGGUCGCGUGCUCAGCAUUCAGUCACAUACCGUCCAGGUGCCCCACUCAGGUGUUUCUCAGGCGCCCAUCUCAGGUGUUUCUCAGGCGCCCCUCUCAGGUGUCUCUCAGGUUCCCCUCUCAGGUGCCCAUCCCAGGUGUCUCUCCAAUGUCUCUCAGGGGUAUGUGGGCAACAAGGCGGCGGUCUUCCCCCUGCAACUGCUGGGCUUCGAUGUGGACCCCAUCAAUUCUGUGCAACUCUCCAACCACACUGGGUCCAUCACUCCUCCCACCUCACCACAUGCCCCAUGCAUCUGUCCCAUUCGUGCUGCUGCUGCAGGGUACCCCACGUGGAAGGGGCAGACACUGGACGGAGAGCAGUGCAGGCUACCCCACGUAGAAGGGGCGGAUACUGCCCCACGUGGAAGGGGAGGAUACUGCCCCACGUGGAAGGGGCGGAUACUGCUAGCCCACGUGGAAGGGGCAGAUACUGAGUGGGGAGCAGCUGUGGGCGCUGAUAGAGGGGCUGGGUUAGCGCCUGUGCAUCCUGAGCCUUGGAGCAGCAACCUGGGUGCGUGCUGGGUGCAUGCACCCUCAAGCAGCCUGGGUGCGUGCUGGGUGGAUGCACCCUCUAGCAGCCUGGGUGCGUGCUGGGUGCAUGCACCCUCUAGCAGCCUGGCCUGGGUGCGUGCUGGGUGCAUGCACCGUCUAGCAGCCUGGGUGCGUGCUGGGUGCAUGCACCCUCUAGCAGCCUGGGUGCGUGCUGGGUGCAUGCACCCUCUAGCAGCCUGGGUGCGUGCUGGGUGCAUGCACCCUCUAGCAGCCUGGGUGCGUGCUGGGUGGAUGCACCCUCUAGCAGCCUGGGUGCGUGCUGGGUGCAUGCACCCUCUAGCAGCCUGGGUGCGUGCUGGGUGCAUGCACCCUCUAGCAGCCUGGGUGCGUGCUGGGUGCAUGCACCCUCUAGCAGCCUGGGUGCGUGCUGGGUGCAUGCAUGCACCCUCUAGCAGCCUGGGUGCGUGCUGGGUGCAUGCACCCUCAAGCAGCCUGGGUGUGUGCUGGGUGCAUGCACCCUCUAGCAGCCUGGGUGCGUGCUGGGUGCAUGCACCCUCUAGCAGCCUGGGUGCGUGCUGGGUGCAUGCACCCUCUAGCAGCCUGGGUGCGUGCUGGGUGGAUGCACCCUCUAGCAGCCUGGGUGCGUGCUGGGUGCAUGCACCCUCUAGCAGCCUGGGUGCGUGCUGGGUGCAUGCACCCUCUAGCAGCCUGGGUGCGUGCUGGGUGCAUGCACCCUCUAGCAGCCUGGCCUGGGUGCGUGCUGGGUGCAUGCACCCUCUAGCAGCCUGGGUGCGUGCUGGGUGCAUGCACCCUCUAGCAGCCUGGGUGCGUGCUGGGUGCAUGCACCCUCUAGCAGCCUGGGUGCAUGCUGGGUGCAUGCACCCUCUAGCAGCCUGGGUGUGUGCUGGGUGCAUGCACCCUCUAGCAGCCUGGGUGCGUGCUGGGUGCAUGCACCCUCUAGCAGCCUGGGUGUGUGCUGGGUGCAUGCACCCUCUAGCAGCCUGGGUGUGUGCUGGGUGCAUGCACCCUCCAGCAGCCUGGGUGCGUGCUGGGUGCAUGCACCCUCUAGCAGCCUGGGUGCGUGCUGGGUGCAUGCACCCUCCAGCAGCCUGGGUGCGUGCUGGGUGCAUGCACCCUCUAGCAGCCUGGGUGCGUGCUGGGUGCAUGCACCCUCUAGCAGCCUGGGUGCGUGCUGGGUGCAUGCACCCUCUAGCAGCCUGGGUGCGUGCUGGGUGCAUGCACCCUCCAGCAGCCUGGGUGCGUGCUGGGUGCAUGCACCCUCUAGCAGCCUGGGUGCGUGCUGGGUGCAUGCACCCUCUAGCAGCCUGGGUGCGUGCUGGGUGCAUGCAUCCUCUAGCAGCCUGGGUGCGUGCUGGGUGCAUGCACCCUCUAGCAGCCUGGGUGUGUGCUGGGUGCAUGCACCCUCUAGCAGCCUGGGUGCGUGCUGGGUGCAUGCACCCUCUAGCAGCCUGGGUGUGUGCUGGGUGCAUGCACCCUCUAGCAGCCUGGGUGUGUGCUGGGUGCAUGCACCCUCUAGCAGCCUGGGUGCGUGCUGGGUGCAUGCACCCUCUAGCAGCCUGGGUGUGUGCUGGGUGCAUGCACCCUCUAGCAGCCUGGGUGUGUGCUGGGUGCAUGCACCCUCUAGCAGCCUGGGUGUGUGCUGGGUGCAUGCACCCUCUAGCAGCCUGGGUGCGUGCUGGGUGCAUGCACCCUCUAGCAGCCUGGGUGCGUGCUGGGUGCAUGCACCCUCUAGCCGCCUGGGUGUGUGCUGGGUGCAUGCACCCUCUAGCAGCCUGGGUGCGUGCUGGGUGCAUGCACCCUCUAGCAGCCUGGGUGUGUGCUGGGUGCAUGCACCCUCUAGCAGCCUGGGUGUGUGCUGGGUGCAUGCACCCUCUAGCAGCCUGGGUGCGUGCUGGGUGCAUGCACCCUCUAGCAGCCUGGGUGUGUGCUGGGUGCAUGCACCCUCUAGCAGCCUGGGUGUGUGCUGGGUGCAUGCACCCUCUAGCAGCCUGGGUGUGUGCUGGGUGCAUGCACCCUCUAGCAGCCUGGGUGCGUGCUGGGUGCAUGCACCCUCUAGCAGCCUGGGUGUGUGCUGGGUGCAUGCACCCUCUAGCAGCCUGGGUGUGUGCUGGGUGCAUGCACCCUCUAGCAGCCUGGGUGCGUGCUGGGUGCAUGCACCCUCUAGCAGCCUGGGUGUGUGCUGGGUGCAUGCACCCUCUAGCAGCCUGGGUGUGUGCUGGGUGCAUGCACCCUCUAGCAGCCUGGGUGUGUGCUGGGUGCAUGCACCCUCUAGCAGCCUGGGUGUGUGCUGGGUGCAUGCACCCUCUAGCAGCCUGGGUGUGUGCUGGGUGCAUGCACCCUCUAGCAGCCUGGGUGCGUGCUGGGUGCAUGCACCCUCUAGCAGCCUGGGUGCGUGCUGCUGCUCCAGGGUCACCAGACGCGCGUGCUGCUGCUCAGUCCUCCCACCUCACCAGACGCCCCAGUGCAGUUACCAACAUGCGUGCUGUUGCAGGCUACCCCACGUGGAAGGGGCGGAUACUGGAUGGGGAGGGGAGCAGAGCAGCUGUGGGCGCUGAUAGAGGGGGGCAGAUUCUGGAUGGAGAGCAGCUGUGGGCGCUGAUAGAGGGCCUGGAGGCCAAUGGGCUGCUCUUCUACACGCACCUGCUCACCGGCUACAUCGGGUCGCUCUCCUUCCUGAAAACUGUUCUACGGGUUGUGGAGAAGCUAAGAUCAUCAUGCUGCUGCUGCUUUUCUCGCAUCUACCCAUCUCUCUGCCCGUCCUCCGCUUGUCUCACAUCCCCACAUCGAUCCGAAUGGGCUUGUCUCACAAAGGCUGCCUCCAUCCGCAUCGCUGCUUUCCCUUUCCAUCUCUCUCCAUACCACCUCUCUUCUCCUCACCGUAAUGGACCUCUCAAAGGCCUGCUGCCUGCUCCCCUCUCUCCCCCUCACCCAUUCUCUGCCUCCCAUCCCUCUCCAGUUUCCUUCCUCGCCCCAAUCUCUCUCCCCCAAUGUCUCCUCCCCAUCCCUUCUCUCCCCGUCACAGUGUGCGAUCCAGUGAUGGGGGACGACGGUCGUCUCUACAUUCGCCCCGAGCUCGUCCCCAUCUACCGCCACCAGGUGCCACCUCCUCUUGCCGUAAGCGUGUUCUGCGAGGUCUCACAAAACCGCCAGCAGGUGCCACUCACACCUGUUCCUUUGAGAGCCACAUCCACGUGUUCUUAUCCACGUGUUCACAUCCACGUGUUCACCUCCACGUGCCACCUCCUCUCGCUGUAUCGUGUUCUUGCGUGCUGCUGUGCUGCAUGGCAGGUGGUCCCAGUGGCGACGCUCAUCACGCCAAACCAAUUCGAAGCAGAGCAGCUCACAGGCCUCAGCAUCCGGACUCAAGCAGACGCCAUCACUGCAUGUGACAUGCUGCACGCAGCAGGGCCCAGAAAGGUAUGGAUGGCUACAGGGGAGGAAGAACAGUGGGUAGGUAGAUCAUCUAAGCUUAUUAGGGGGGUGGGGUUGGGGGAAGGAGGAGGGGGAGGGGGGAAGGAGGAGGGGGAGGGGGGAAGGAGGAGGGGGAGGGGGGAAGGAGGAGGGGGAGGGGGGAAGGAGGAGGGGGAGGGGGGAAGGAGGAGGGGGAGGGGGGAAGGGGGGGAGGGGGAGGGGGGAAGGGGGGGAGGGGGAGGGGGGAAGGGGGGGAGGGGGAGGGGGGAAGGGGGGGAGGGGGAGGGGGGAAGGGGGGGAGGGGAGAGGGAGAGAAAAGACAGCCCUGCUGAGGAUGGCAUGGUGGUGAUCACAAGCAUGGAGGUGGAUGGGCGGCUGCUGGUAGUGGGGAGUGACGGCAGCAGCCCUGCUGGAGAGGAGGUGAGUGAGGUGAGGCGGCAUGAGGGUAUCUGUCUGGUGGUGGAGGUGUGCUUUGAGUCACCAGAAGUAUCCGCACGACUUGGCAAGAGCAGCGGAGCUAGCAGUGGCAUCUCUGCAGGUGAGCAGCUGUUGUUGCGCCUAGUGCCACUGCUUGUUGCUGCUCUGCUGUGGUUUUUACACUCGUUUAGCUGUUCUGUUGCAGCAGCAGAGGUGGCAGUGGCAUUGUUACAGGAGGCUGUGCUCGCACGAACCCUGCAGCACCACUCUCAACCUCUGGACGGCACCGUUUCCUCUCUCACUCCCCCCACCCCCAAGCGCCUGGAGCUCUGCCUCAUUCAGAGCCGCGAUAACUUCAGCUUCUCCUCUCCCCCUCUCCCUCCCUGCAGGCUGUGCUCGCACGAACCUUGCAGCACCGCUCUCCACCUCUGGACGGCACCGAGUCCUCUCCCACUCCCCCCACUCCCAAGCGCCUGGAGCUCUGCCUCGUUCAGAGCCCGCGUGACGCGGACCGUACUUGUCUCCCGCCGAGUAGCCAUGCAGGACGCAGAGGCGCGCCGCUCUCGCCUGCGCAGCAUGCGCGAGUCCGCGGCGAAGCAGCAGGCGGCGUCCCCCGGCGCGCCCACGCCUUCCACCGCCAUCUCCGCACUCCCCUCCCCCGACUUCUCUCCGCCGCUUAUCCGCACGCAUCCGCGCGUGCGCCAUCCGGGGAAGGCGGACCUGGGGGAGGUAGAUCUGCUAGACGGCCAGCAGGAGCAGCCACCACAGGCUCGGGGAAUUUCUCACAGGCCUCAUGUACCUGAUCUACCCUACUCCCCAGCACCACGAGUGUCAAGUGCUGCCGUUUAUGACUCCCAAGGGGCCGGGCAGGGGGCAGGGCAAGGGGUAGGGCAAGGGGCAGGGCAAGGGACAGGGCAAGGGGGAGAGCAAGGGGGAGAACAAGGGGCAGAGGGGUCAGGGGAGGGGAGACCGGCCAGCGUGGACAGACAGUCAGUGAGGCAAGCGGUUGCGAGGGAGGGAGCCGUGCAAGAGGAAGUUUUUGACAAUCUUUCCAUGGUGCAGCCACUCAUCGCCGCCGCCCACAGUGCCGGGAGCAGAGGGGUCGCAGUGAGAGAGGAUUCAGGAGGAGCGGUUACCACGAACGUGGAGGAGAGGCAUGCACACAGGGGACGAGGGGGAGGUGGGGCGGGGAGAGCAGGAAGAACACAGGUGGGGAGGGGGGACACAGGGGGGUUGCUGGUGGGGACGGCGCCUCAGUGGCCGGUCGGCCGGAGGGCAAGCGAAGCAGAGGUGAGGGCACGACUGCAGGGAAGGAUCAAUAGUCUGCUUUGCAGUGUCGGCCCUGACAGGCAGGAGCAUACCACCCGACAGAUCAACGAGGUGGUUUACCAGCUCGCGAUCCAAGACCCCACUGCAAAAGAGCUCUCCGUCUCUACCGUCUCCCUCGGUGGCCCCUCCCUCGCCUACUACCUCCAUCUCGCUCCCCAGUGCUACCCGGACUUGCUACAGUGCGUCACCAGCCUUGACCUACGUAAUCUCCAGCCCGUCUCGACACAGGCCGUGAGACAGCUUCUCCGCCUGCCCUCCCUCACAGCCCUUCACUUCCACGAAACUCCGAUCCGUUCAGACGCCCUGCCGCUCUUCCAGUGCAUGUCUCGGCUCCGGCGGCUUGUCAUAGCAUGUGCUAACCCCUCCGACGUUCUCAAUCUAUCUGCCAGGCGGCAAGCCAAAUCACCCACUCCGUCUGAUCCCAUCAGCAAACCCCAGCCGUUUCAGAGCUUGAGGGAGCUACAUGUGAGUCGGGUGACAGACUCUAUUCUGCAGCAGGUGGGGGUGCUCACAAGCCUUGAGCUCCUUUCUUGCACGUACAGCAAGGAGGUGACUUGUAGGGGAUGGAUUCACCUAAGGGGAAUGCUGAACCUGAAGAGGCUGCAGCUGGUACCAACAAUCCUUAUAAAAAAAUUCGGAUCCAAUGACCACCACAGCGACUACUACCGCAUGUGCACCCGCCUUGGGCUGAAGCUAAGCUUCCCCGAAUACCGCCUGCCAAAGAUCAUCCAAACCUUCCAAAGGCCUCCCAAAAAAGGGGCUGCUGCCUCCGCAAGUGAAGACCCCAGCAACCGCAUUGAUGGGAGCAUAUGGGAGGUGGUGGGUGCCCUGCCAGGCCUGCAGCACCUGGAGCUGCACGCACCAGAGCCCAGCACCACAGCCCUGCGAUCCCUCUCCACCAUCACGCACCUCACAACCCUCCACAUCACCGGCCCAGCACUUGAUGACUCUGACUUGCUGUGCUUGAGUGGGUUCUCAAUGCUCACAGACGUCAGCCUGGCUGCCUGGACGUUCGCAGCAGACCAUGCUGUGAGGACGGUGAUUCAAGGCAUGACGCACCUGAAAUCGCUGGACCUGUCGGGAACGGCCAUCAGCCAAGGCGCUGCGGUGCAUCUGCAAGCGCUAGAGCGGCUGGAGCGGUUGAAGCUGCAGCAGUGCAUCGGCAUGAGCAAGCUGUUUGUGGAGCAUCUGAGCCAGGUUCCUGCGCUGAGGGAGUUGGAUCUUGGCUGCAACAACAUGCAGCAUGCUUGGCUGCUGCCGGUUCUGGAAGGGAAGAAGGUGACUCGGCUAGGGGUAAGGGGCUGUGGGUUUGUUGCAAGAACAUUGAAAGGGCUUCAGCGUGAUUGGAUUGAGAUUGACUUGAGAUCAAAUGAGUGA